ACCGCGCCAAAAGUCUGACGAACGACUGAAAUAACUAUAUGAAGAAAAGUACCGCGAUAUUCGUAUUAAUUGAUAGCGGCCACCGAUUCGUUGCGUAAUAAUUUUCUGGUGGCGCCGCGGCGCGUCUCCUCAUCGCAUAUAGAGACGCCGAACACUUGAGCAUCGAGUCACCGAGCGCCGCCAGUUUCGAAUCAGACGUUCGUGUCGACAAGCGCAAGCGGCGCAAUAAUUUCUUCGAUACUCUAAUCACCACUCUGCUAAUACCGCAUUUAAAAUUAUCCCCAGUUAUUAAUCGAUCCAACGAUCACUCCUUCGACUGGUUACCAUUUAUAUUCGAUUACAACCAACGCACUUUCAUACUUCGUUACACCGCAGAAAGCUACGGAUCGUUCGUCGGUGCUCAGUUCACGAUUUCAUUCGAUUUGAAGAGACAUUUUUCGUUUGAAAAUCACUUUCUAAAGAACGAAACCUAAAUAAAGAUACAAUAAGGAAUAGGAUAUAGAAGCUCGCAAUCAGAUUACAAAGAACUCGAGCUUCAAGUGUUACUUGAAAGCUUUUAUCCUGUUACAAUUCCCGCACACUUUGUACUCCCGGAACAGAGAAAAAAAGCGGGAAAAAAAUUUCCAAUCGAGCUUUCGGGGCUUGGGGUUGAUCCGUCGACGGUGUGCGGAGGAGCUUUUUACUUGCAAGUUCGGGACCGACGGCAUUCCUGAUUCGAUUAUCCGAAAGCUGCGAGUUUAGAGGCAACUAGGCGCAACAGAUUUCGAUUAGCCGUGCGCGGUUGCACACCUUGCGAUCUUGGGUCAAGACCGUUGACGCCGGUGGUGGUAAUUUUCUGCAGGCUUUAGCGAGGAUAUGAAGAAUUCUGAAACGAACGGAAACGUGGAGGUCAAUGGCAAGGAGCUGAACGGCAAGCAUUUAUUAGCGAAUGAGAAGGACGCCGAGGCCGCCAAGGACGCCAACAAUGACGAAGAAAUUGAUGCCGUACAGAGAGCGAUGGGUGGAUUUGGUAGAUGGCAAAUUCUCGUAUGCCUCGCCAUUUCCCUCGUCAAAUUUCCGGUCGCUUGGCAUCAACUCGCCAUCAUAUUCAUGGCACCGCAACCCGAACUGAGAUGUUCCGUUCCGAAUGGAACCUACAACCCUCAAAUUUCAGAGGACCAAUGCUCGUACACCGUGAACGGUACCGAAGUCACUUGCACCGCGUGGGAAUACAACAGAGAUACGUUCCCGGAAACGAUUGUAACGCAGUGGAAUUUGGUCUGCGGUCAGUCGCUCUACGCGGAGAUCUUGCAGUCUCUCCUCAUGUUCGGUGUACUUUUGGGUAACAUCGUUUUCGGCAGUUUGGCAGACAGGUACGGAAGAAAAAAGCCUCUCGUCGGUUCGGUCGUGCUUCAGCUGGUCACGGGAAUCGGAUGCGCGGUCGUUCCUUGGUUCCCUGCGCUUCUCGUGCUGAAACUUCUCAGCGCCCUGGCCACCGGAGGCACAAUGGUCACCAGCUUCGUCAUCUGUAUGGAAAUCGUGGGAACGAAAUGGCGAGCCCCUAUUACCGUUCUCUAUCAAAUCCCCUACAGUUUGGGACACAUGUCUUUGGCAGGUUUGGGCUACUGGUUCCGUCACUGGCAGCAUUUGCAAUUAGCCAUAACUUUACCUUCGAUAAUUCUCCUCGGCUAUUGGUGGACGGUACCUGAAUCUCCCCGGUGGUUACUGGCGAUGGGAAGACAGAGAGAAGCAUGCCGAGUGCUUCAACGUGCGGCUAAACUUAACAAAAUCGAGAACAAUGACAUUCCAGAAAUGAUCAGGAAACAUUGUCUCCAUCAGAGCACAAAACAAACUGUAACGGAUCAUAAGCCGUCAUUCUUGGACCUCUUCAGGACGCCCAAUAUGCGUACGAAAUCUCUUGCCAUAUUUUUCAACUGGAUGAUUUGCGGGAUGGGACUUUUCGGUAUGUCUCAGUACCUGGGGCAGGUCGGCGGUAACAUAUUCGUCAACGUCGCUGUAUCGGGAGGUACGCAGAUCCCCGGAAACGUAGUUUCUCUGUGGGCGAUGAGCGCGUUGGGCCGCAAAACUACCCUCAUCGUGAGCAACGUAGUUGCCGGACUCGCCAGCCUGCUGCUCAUAGCCGUACCCACAGAGACCGCUUGGGUCAGGCUGCUUUUAUCCUGUUUCGGUAUCGUCGGUAUGUCGGUGUCCUUUACGACGGUGUAUUUAUUCUCCGGCGAACUAUUCCCCACAGUUGUGAGAAACGUUGGCGUAGGAACGAGCAGUAUGUGCGCAAGAAUAGGUUCGAUGGCCGCACCGUUCGUCGUUUCGCUGGGCAGAGAUGACUCGAGGGGUUGGUUGGCACCGAUGAUCUUUGGAACCCUACCCUUAAUCGGAGCGCUUCUCUGUUACUUUUUACCGGAAACCGCCGGUUGCACGUUGCCGGAAACUCUGGAGGAUGGAGAGACCUUCGGAAAGAAACUCGUCGAAUCGGAUAGACGGAAAGAGGCUGAAGCGGAAGCUGCUUUAUGAUGGAAGACUGCUAAUUAGUGGUUAAUAAUUAUUAAAGAAAAAGUGCAAAAAUGCCC